AUGUCUUCCUGGCUCAAAGCUGCUGAAGAUCUGUUUGAAGUUGUCGAUCGGAGGGCAAAGCUGGUUGUCAGUGAGUUAGACGAUCAGUUGGCUACCCAAUCACCAGCUUCCAAUGGGCAAGGAUCUCAAGCCAAGAGGAAAAAGUCAAAGACCAAGGGUCAAAAGAGACAGUCCAUGAAUGAAUCUCCUAAUACAAGUGAUUCUGCACCCGAACAGAUAAGUAUAUUGACAUCACAAGUAGAUGCGACACCUGAAAUAGACAGUGAUGCUCAUUUAAAUGACAAUGAUGGGACACCAUCGGUAAAUCCUUCAAGUCAACCCAUCAAUGAGAAGCAACAGAAUCGUGAGAAAGAUUCCACAGUAAGCAUUCCUUUAACAGAGACAACAGCAAUUGAACUUGGUCAAAAUAAUGCUGAUGAAGCAGAAGCGUCAACAACUAGUACUGAUAAAGAAGCUGUUACUUCAACUUCAAAUGGUGAGCUUGUCAAUGAGAUUCCCUUAGAUGGUCAUGAAGAACAUCCUUUUCCAUUAUCUGCCAAAGAAGUUGAGGUUGUGGAUGAAAACCAUCAAGUUGAAUCAGUUGAUGCUGGCCAAGAUAACAAAUCUAGAGACGCAGAUGUACAUCCAGAAACUGACCAAAAUAGAACAGAGUCUUCAACUACCACUGCCAUCAGUAAUAGAGAAACUCAAUCUAAAGUUGCUGAUGGUAAUGAGGAACCAGUAAUUGAGCAAAGUAAGCAAGUUGAGCAUAAAGCUGGUAGCACUCCUGUGAAAGUACAGGAACAGGAUCAAAGUAAGCAAGUUGAGCAUAAAUCUGGUAGCACUCCCGUGAAAGUACAGGAACAGGAUCAAAGUAAGCAAGUUGACCAUAAAGCUGGUAGCACUCCUGUGAAAGUACAGGAACAGGAUCAAAUUGAGGAGGCCCAAGGAUUGCUUAAAACUGCUGUUUCCACUGGUCAGUCUAAAGAGGCAAGGUUAGCAAGGGUUUGUGCUGGACUUUCAUCCCGACUUCAAGAAUACAAAUCUGAAAAUGCACAGCUAGAGGAACUUCUUGUGUCAGAGAGAGAGCUGAAUAAGUCAUAUGAAGCUCGCAUAAAACAGCUCCAGAAAGAUUUGUCAGCAUCCAAAAGUGAUGUGACAAGAAUAGAGUCAAAUAUGGUUGAGGCCUUGGCUGCAAAAAAUUCAGAAAUUGAGGCACUUGUCAGCUCCAUGGAUGCACUGAAGAAACAGGCUGCUUUAUCUGAAGGGAAUCUGGCUUCGCUGCAGGCAAACAUGGAGUCUAUCAUGAGAAAUAGGGAACUAUCCGAGACAAGGAUGAUGCAGGCUUUACGAGAGGAGUUGUCUACUGUAGAACGGAGAGCAGAAGAAGAGCGUGCCGCACAUAAUGCUACCAAAAUGGCUGCAAUGGAAAGGGAAGUAGAAUUGGAACACAGAGCCCUUGAGGCAUCCACGGCCCUUGCGAGGAUCCAGAGAAUUGCAGAUGAGAGGACAGCAAAGGCAUCAGAGCUUGAGCAGAAGAUGGCAUUGCUUGAGGUUGAAUGUGCCAAUUUAAACCAAGAGCUGCAAGAUAUGGAAGCUCGUGCUCGGCGUGGGCAAAAGAAGUCACCAGAAGAGGCAAAUCAAGUGAUUCAGAUGCAGGCAUGGCAGGAAGAAGUGGAACGUGCACGCCAAGGUCAGAGGGAUGCAGAGGGGAAACUCUCUUCUUUGGAGGCCGAAAUGCAAAAAAUGAGAGUUGAAAUGGCUGCCAUGAAGAGGGAUGCAGAGCAUUACUCGCGUCAGGAACACAUGGAGCUAGAGAAGCGCUACCGUGAACUAACUGAUCUAUUGUACUACAAGCAAACACAAUUAGAAACCAUGGCUAGUGAAAAAGCUGCAGCUGAGUUUCACUUGGAGAAGGAAUUGAAGCGUCUCCAGGAAGCACAGGUAGAGGCAGAAAGGAGUAGAGUUCCCCGUCGAGCAUCAGCAUCCUGGGAAGAAGAUGCUGAAAUGAAGGCACUUGAGCCUCUUCCCUUGCAUCACCGUCAUAUGGCUGGGGCAAGCAUACAGUUGCAGAAGGCAGCAAAACUAUUAGAUUCAGGAGCUGUCAGGGCCACAAGAUUUCUCUGGCGUUAUCCAACAGCUCGACUUAUCUUGCUAUUCUACCUGGUAUUUGUACAUCUCUUCUUGAUGUAUUUGCUGCAUCGCCUUCAGGCACAAGCGGACAAUUUUUCCGCAAGAGAAGUUGCAGAGUCUAUGGGACUUGCUAACACUAACUUACCAUGA